AUGAAUAUAAAGGAAACAGAACCUACGAUUCAAAAUAUUAAUCGAGCUAUAUUUGAAGAGGAUUUAAGUAUUGUUAUUGAUGAAUUGAUUAAUUUAUAUUUUGAGGAGGUAAAUAAAGGAAAGGAAGAAAAUGUAAGAAAGCAAUUUGUUAUUGAUUAUAUUAAUAAUUCCAAUAUAAGUUCACAAGAAAUUUACAAUUGGCUUUUAAAUAAUCAAAAUGAUUCAAAUUCUAUUUUUUUACUUGGAUAUUUUAAUAAUUAUGGAAUUGAAGCUAACAUUAAUAAGCAAAAGGCGCUUGAAUUAUAUCAAAAAGCGGCGGAGUUAGAAAAUACUGCAGCACAAUUUGAUCUCGCUUAUUUACAUAUUUACGGAAAAGGUAUUGAUAAAAGUUAUGAUAAAGUUUUUGAAUUAUCAUUAAAAUUAGCGGAUAGAGAAUAUCCAGCUGGAAUGAAUUUAUUAGGAUAUUGUUAUAAUGUAGGAAUUGGAACCGAUGUUGAUAAACAUAAGGCAGUUGAAUUAUAUUAUAAAGCAGCAAAUUUAGGAAAUAUUAGAGCUCAAUGUAAUCUUGGUUUAAUUUAUGAAAGUGGAGAUGGUGUCGAAAAAGAUCAUGAUAAGGUUUUUGAAUUAGCUAAUAAAUCUGCAAAUGGAAAACAUUCGGAUGGAAUAGGCCUAUUAGCAUAUUGUUAUUAUAAUGGACUUGGAACUGAUACUAAUUUUCAAAUGGCAUUUGAAUUAUAUCAAGAGGCAGCAAAUUUAGGGAAUGAUGUAGCUCAAUAUAAUCUUGCUAAUAUGUAUGAAUAUGGGGAAGGAGCUGAAAAAAAUAUGAGCAAAGCAAUUUAUUGGUAUAAAAAAUCCGCCGAACAAGAAAAUCUGGGCGCUCAAGCUAAAUUAAAAUCUCUUUUAAAUGGAAUAAAUUUAUUAGGAUAUUGUUAUUAUAAUGGAAUUGGAACUGAAGUUAAUAAACAAAAAGCUUUUGAAUUAUAUAAUAAGGCAGCAAAUUUAGGAAAUAAUAGAGCUCAAUGUAAUCUUGCAUUAAUGUAUAAGAAUGAAAAUUUCUUAAAAGAUGAUAAUAAGGUUUUUGAAUUAUCUAAAAAAUGUUCAGUAGGAAAACAUUCUGGUGGAAUAAAUUUAUUAGGUUAUUGUUAUGAUAAUGGGAUUGGAACUGAUAUUGAUACGCAAAAAGCAUUUGAAUUAUAUCAAGAGGCAGCAAAUUUAGGAAAUAAAGUAGCUCAACAUAAUCUUGCUAAUAUGUAUGAAUAUGGUGAAGGAGUUAAAAAAAAUACGAACAAAGCAAUUUAUUGGUAUAAAAAAUCUGCUGAACAAGGUUAUCAAAAUGCUCUGAAUGUAUUGAAUAAUUUUUAA